AUGAAGGGAUUGCUGUUUCUUUUCUCGCUAGGUUUAUAUUUGAAAAUCACAUUCGGUGAUGAUUCGCAAGUGCGGGGUGACCUCAUUGGAAUUCAGCAAAGUCUCCCGAUCGAUCGAUUGCGGAUACUGCUGGCUGAAUAUUUGGUGCACGAUCCUCAGUUCCGGCGAACGAUCCAGUACAUGGGAAGUGUUGAAUUCUCCGAAGCGUGGAACAAAUUUAUGGAGAUAGAGAAAGUCAAAGAGCUGCUGCGAUACAUCGAUGAUGCGGGACUACCGGUUAACCGAGUGUUGAACAUGCUUUCCGACUUUACUGGAACCCGGUCCAGGGUCAAGAGAUUUAUUCAACUGAGGAAGGGAGGUUUGAGUGCCUUCGUUGAUGAUGCCAUAAAAAUUGUUUCCUCAAGUGAUAUGAUGGGCGUUCACGAGAAGAACAAGAAUAACAACCCACAGUACAAAGGUAUUACAGACAAGCUUACGGCGCCGGAGUUCGGGCGGCUGAUCCGAGAAGUUUUGGACGAUCCGGAGGUGCAAGCCAUACAAGAGCAGGUGAAACCACAUGGCAUUGAUAUUGAAAAGCUUUUGGAUCUGUUCAAAGCGUUCUUCGGGUGGAAUGAAUUAUUUUGAAUGAAAUAUACACGAUGCAUU